AGUCGAUUGAGCGCUAAAAAAUGUAAUAAUUAUCCACUUAACUAAUUAAUUACGCUAUCACGCUAAAUAUUGUUGCAAGGUAAAAUUGCAAUAGUCAACAUGAAAAUACCAUGGAAUCGAACCACUGAAGGCCACUUACAAACGAUGCGAUAUACAGCAAAGUUCCAACUUUAGUUAGUAACUUUCAAUUUUUCAUCCAAAUUCAGCGUUUUUUUAAUUUAUAGUGCAUUGUUUUACAGUUUGUUUAAUGUUACUGAUAACAGAUUAAAUAUUUUGCUCGUGCCUUGAAAAAACCACCAAGGAUCCCGUUUGUUAAAAGUGGUGGCAAGAAAACUAUAAGACUAGUGAUAAAAUUGAUUGUGAUACAGUGCGACUCAAUUCUUUGAUUUCCACACUUUAUGGUUCCGCAAUUUCGUAAAUAAUUCUCGUGAGAAAAAUUGUUACCCAAUUUUAUUACCAUAAGCUGUUUUAAAGUCAGCGUUUUGUGGUGCUGAUAAGUCUUAUCGGACUUAUCUUCCGAAAAAGAUAUCCAGGAAGUGAUACUGAAAUGCGAAUUCCGUAAAUAAAAAAUUGCGAUUCCUGCAGCGCAUGCCUGCUUCCUGCAGGGUGAGUGAAACAGCAACCCUCUUCAGUUUUCAGCCGUGCUGAAAUCUGCACCGAUUCAGUGCAAGUGCAGUGUAAACACGAUCAAUACCUACGUGAAGAAAACAUGUCGGCCACGAGCACCCCUAGGCGAAAACCCGGAUUUCCCGGAUCCCUCACCGACUUGCACAGGUUCCGGAAGACUGUGCACGGACACGACGGCUCCAGUAGAAUUGUUAUGGUCAGGAAGACCGACCAGAGGACAUUCGCAUCUAAAGAAAAGGGCCAGGAACCGAAAUUAGAGACGAUUACGCGUGAAACGAUCGAAACAUUCCGAGGGCAACGGACCGAAUGUAAAAUCACCACAGAGAAGAAAGGCUGUGAAGACAAGUUCCCAUCUGAUUUAAUCGAAUCAUUACAAGUAUCUAGAACCCCUAAGAGAACUCUUUCGAAUAAAAAGAAAAGAAAUCCAGUUAUGGAAUUUGAACAAGAGUGCCUUGCGGCUCAUAAUGAGUACCGAAGACGUCACGGAGUCCCUCCACUAAAACUUGACAGAGAAAUGUGCAAAGUUUCCCAACAAUGGGCUAAUCAUUUAAUCAGUAGAAAUAUUCUUCAACAUAGCAAUAACAAAGAUUAUGGCGAAAAUUUGUUUUGUAUGACAUCUUCAAAUCCCAAGGUUGCAGUUUCAGGAAAAGAACCAGUAGAUGCCUGGUAUGGCGAGAUCAAGGAUCACACUUUUGGUACCGAACCAACUAGUUUGGCAUCGGGUCACUUCACUCAAGUCGUUUGGAAAACUAGUGCCAAACUAGGAGUAGCUUUUGCAAAAUCUGGUGGAAGGGUCGUGGUAGUUGCCAACUAUGACCCUCCAGGGAACUACGUUGGAAAUUUCAGUAAAAAUGUACCACCGGUUGGUGGUUUUUCGGGGAAUAACAACAAUAACAACAACGAGGACUGCUCUGAGGCACUUUCUAAAUUGUCCAUCAAGAACGGAAGUACCAAAUCCUUCCCCACCAGUAAAGAUGUCAAAAAUGGUACGGAAGGAAAUUUUGAAGCAGACUUUAUCAAUGCCCAUAAUGAGUACAGAAGGCGUCACGGGGUACCACCCUUGAAACUCGAUAAGAAACUUUGCAAAUACAGUGAAGAGUGGGCAAAACAUCUUGCAGCAAAAAACAUUCUCGAACAUCGCCCUAGUUGUAACUACGGUGAAAAUAUCUUUUGUAUGUCCUCAUCAGAUCCAAAUUUUACCAUUUCUGGUAAUACACCGGUGGACCAUUGGUACGAAGAAGUGCGAUUCCACCCAUUUGGUCGUGAACCUAACAGUCUCAAAUCUGGUCAUUUCACUCAAGUUGUCUGGAAAUCAAGCGAAUUAUUGGGAGUUGGGGUGGCAAAAAAUAGCCAAGGCAGUAUUUAUGUGGUAGCAAACUACUCCCCGGCUGGAAACUUCGUUGGGCAUUAUGUUGAAAAUGUACCACCACUCACCUUAACACCGAAAACCGAAAGUACCGACAAAAAAGUUUUGUUUUCACAAGGAACCAACAAUGACGGGUUCAACCAGUUCGCGUUGGAUGGUUUGAAAGUACAUAAUGAGUACAGGCGCAAACAUGGAGUUCCGGACUUGAAGCUUAACAAAGAGUUGUGCGACUAUGCACAAGAAUGGGCUGACACUUGUGCGAAAAGCGGAAGUAUGUGCCACCGUGCCAACAACCCCUAUGGGGAAAAUAUUUUCUGUGUGUACUCUUCUGAUCUUACGCACGUGCCCUCCGCUCGUGACGCUGUUAAAGAAUGGUACGACGAAAUAAAAAAACAUUCUUUCGGAGUCGAGAGUGUCAAUCAUGGUACGCUCCAUUUUACCCAGAUUAUUUGGAAAGGUUCCACCGAUUUGGGGAUAGCGAUGGCCAAGAAUAAGAAAGGAGAGACUUAUGUCGUUGCGAAUUACAAUCCUCGAGGCAACUAUGUUGGCCAAUUCGUUGAUAACGUGCCUAGACCACGAUUCUGACCUUUAAAGAAGUAAUUUUAUUUUAUACAACAUUCCAUUAUUAAGCCAAAGAAUUUUAUUAUUUUUAUUUUUAUUAUUAGACGGUACUGGCUAUAACAAAUAUAUUCCUGAUAAGUAUUAUUAUUACUAAUAGUGAGAGUUAAGCAUUCAGCUCAUACCAAAGAGCGUAUUGCACUG